CAACUGACAGAGCUGGAGGAAUCUGGUUGAAUGCGUUUCAGGACACGCACGCGGCUGAUACAGUUGUGGGGUCCGGAGCGGGGGUCCAAUCAUCGCCCCCCAUCAGACAGAGGCUUAUUCGGCUUGGAAACAGAACACUAGGACGAUGGCAGGGCUCGGGAGCGCCGGACGCUUGGUUCAAUUUGCCAGAAGCAGCAUCAGCUGGAGUGUGAGGAGACAAUCCACGGCUGCAGCAGUGGCCCAGAAUGUGGCUGCAGAAACACAGGAUAACAGGAAGCCAAAGACAGGUAUCCUGAUGCUGAACAUGGGAGGACCCGAGAAACUGGAAGACGUUCAUGACUUCCUGCUGCGGCUCUUCAUGGAUACGGACCUGAUGAAACUGCCUGUGCAGAACAAACUUGGUCCGUUUAUCGCCAAGCGCCGCACACCAAAAAUCCAGGAGCAGUACAGCAGGAUCGGAGGAGGAUCGCCUAUCAAACACUGGACAUCCAUGCAGGGUGAAGGAAUGGUGAAGCUGCUAGACAAGAUGAGCCCAGAGACAGCACCUCACAAAUUCUACAUUGGUUUCCGGUACGUCCAGCCACUGACGGAGGAGGCCAUCGGGGAAAUGGAGAAGGACGGAGUGGAGAGAGCGGUGGCCUUCACACAGUAUCCUCAGUACAGCUGCUCCACCACAGGCAGCAGUCUGAACGCCAUCUACCGUUACUAUAGCGACAGAGGCGACCGGCCCAAGAUGCGCUGGAGUGUCAUCGAUCGUUGGCCGACACAUCCGUUGUUAGUGGAGUGUUUUGCAGAACAUGUCCGCAACGAGCUGCUGAAGUUUCCAGAAGAGAAGCGGGACGACGUUGUAAUUCUCUUCUCUGCGCAUUCCCUGCCGAUGGCUGUUGUAAAUAGAGGUGACCCAUAUCCUCAGGAAGUCGGGGCGACUGUCCAGAGAGUCAUGGAGCGACUCGGACACUGUAACCCCUACAGACUGGUGUGGCAGUCCAGGGUAGGACCCAUGCCGUGGCUCGGACCACAGACUGAUGAAGUGAUCAAAGGUCUGUGUGAACGAGGGAAAAAGAACCUCUUGCUGGUGCCAAUUGCCUUUACCUCAGACCACAUAGAGACGCUGCACGAGCUGGACAUUGAGUACAGCCAAGUGCUGGGCGAAGAGUGUGGAGUGGAGAACAUCAGGAGGGCGGAGUCUCUGAAUGGAAACCCACUCUUCAUGAAGGCACUCGCUGAACUGGUUCAGUCUCACCUCAAGUCCAACAUGCCUUGUUCCCGUCAGCUGACCCUGCGCUGCCCGCUCUGCACCAACCCCACCUGUGGAGAGACCAAGGCCUUUUUUGCCAACCAGAAGCUCUAACACACACACACACACACACACACACACAGCUCUUCCUUUAGUGUAAACUACAUGCAAGGAAACGGCUCGCAACAAAUGACAGCAUCAAAAAAAUGCAGCUCCGUAAAGCUGCGUUGCGGCUGUGGAAACAAGCCUUCUGCUCCUGCAGCCCAGGACAAACGCACAUCUGUUAGAGUCCUGCUUGUCAAUCAACAGCCCAGAAUGAAUUGGGGUAAACGUGGGAAGAGAGCGGUCAGUGUUGCUGUGACAGUGGUAACAGACCCUGGACUUCCUGCUUCAGAUAUUUGUUCUCUUCCCUCAACAUCUGCUCAAGCAACCGAAGCAUCACGCUCACUCGGCUGUUUUAGGACCCUUCUGUCAGCCAGGAACUUUCUUGUCCUUGAAGGCUGUAGGAGAAGAAUCUCUGUGGUGAGGUUCCUUCAGGGAACAAGCCUGCGAGAGCUGCAUCCAGUCCAAGCUUGUUUACAUUCCACCUCGGGCCCCUUGUUCAACCCUCCACCUGUGUUAGCGUCACACUGGUUUGUUUUUUCCAGCCGCUUCUCUUUACCUUCACAGCUCCUCAAAGCAACAAACAAUUGUAUUUGCCCACUAAAUGCGAACCAGUAGUUAGAGUCUCAUCAUCUGUCUGAUAACUAAAAACCAGACAUCAGAAUGAUGUUGGAGUGAAAGAGACUUUUCUUUUGUGUGUCUGUUUGGCAGACAAAGGCUGGGUUUCUAUAAAUGUUAGCGUUACCUUGACAAUGUGCCUUUCACACCGGCUUACAAGUAAUGGAUACAUGUGAACAUGUAUACGUGCAGUGGUCACUUCCUGCGUGCUGUGAUGGUGAUGGAGUCCAGCGCUCACCUGUCAGAUUCCACCACAGUCACAGCUGCUUCGUUCCUGCUGUGAUCUGAAACGCCGAUUGUUCAUCCACGACAGGAAGCACUUGUGAACACAGCCGUGUUUAAAGCUGGCUAUUCACAUCCGUCAGAGUUGUGAGAUGUCGUUGGUGCGGCCAUGGUGCUGGUGAGGGGCUUCAUCUCCCCCUGCCAACUCUCAUAAUCCUGACUGUGUCUUCCAACGUCAUGCAAACCGUCUGACUUCGCUGAGUUCUUGACUUCUUCCACCGGGUUCUCUGGAAUCCAAAUUCACUUCAGGUCACAGCAGGAUGACGAAUGGUUCUUUUCUCUCAUUCUUACUGCUUCUUUUCAUGGCUGUGUGAUGUUCUUUAGUGCUUUGGUUUCGACUAAUUUAUUUUUGUUUAUGUGUCAAAGAGCACAUGAAGCGCUUGUCUCGUACAUUUAUUUUUAUAACUCAUAAAAAAUGUUGAAAGAUGCUAUGGUGUGCUAAAAAGUCUUCCUGUUGAAUAAAACUUAAAAAGGAAAAAAUUAAACUGUA